AUGGCACUGCGCACCGGGAGGAUUUGGUUUGGGCAGGUCUUGCGCAGGGUCUCUCGGCUGCAGGGCUCCUGGUCCAGGCGAUCGAGCAGUCUCCUGUGUCUCUCCGCGAACCAAGAGCACGAUUUCGGCUUCUGUCGCCGGGAACACCGCAAAGGAGGGGGUUUCCAUCGCUGCCCCGACUCCGGCGCCCGCCGCGGCCACCCUCACCGGAGCGCACCUUUCUGCGCCUCCACCUCCAGGCGCUGCCCACACGACUUCCCCCGCGCCUGCUGCACCUUUCCGGGGAGCCCGAGGGGACAUGAGCCCCUCGGCCGCCGGUUCCUGUUGGCCAUGAAGCGGCAAAACGUGCGGACCCUGUCCCUGAUCAUUUGCACGUUUACAUACCUGCUCGUCGGGGCCGCCGUCUUUGACGCUCUGGAGUCCGACUACGAGAUGCGGGAGAAGGAGCAGCUGGAAGCCGAGGAGAAGCGUCUCCAGGGGAAAUAUAACAUCAGCGAGGAUGAUUACCGCAAACUGGAGACCAUCAUCAUGGAGGCAGAGCCCCACAGAGCCGGGGUGCAGUGGAAAUUUGCAGGGUCAUUUUACUUUGCCAUCACGGUGAUAACCACCAUAGGUUAUGGGCAUGCAGCGCCGGGGACGGACGCAGGGAAGGCGUUUUGCAUGUUUUAUGCCGUCCUGGGAAUCCCGUUGACUCUUGUCAUGUUCCAAAGUCUGGGUGAGAGGAUGAACACUUUUGUCAAGUGCCUCCUGAAGCGCAUCAAGAAGUGCUGCGGCAUGAGCAUCACCGACGUGUCCAUGGAGAACAUGGUGACCGUGGGAUUCUUCUCUUGCAUUGGCACACUGUGCAUAGGAGCGGCUGCCUUCUCCCAUUACGAGGACUGGAGCUUCUUCCAGUCUUACUAUUACUGCUUCAUCACAUUAACAACUAUAGGAUUUGGAGACUUCGUGGCCCUCCAAAAGAACCGGGCCCUCCAGAAGAAGCCGCUGUAUGUGGCCUUUAGCUUCAUGUACAUCCUGGUGGGCCUGACGGUCAUUGGGGCCUUUCUCAACCUGGUCGUGCUCCGCUUCCUGACUAUGAACAGCGAGGACGAGCGGAGGGAUGCGGAGGAACGGGCCUCGCUUGCAGGCAACCGGAACAGCAUGAUCAUCCACAUCCAGGACGAGUCGAUGCCGCGUGGCCGGCAGCGGCGGGAGCCGUACCGGGCGGAGGUGACUGAUUUGCAGUCAGUCUGCUCCUGUAUGCACUAUCACUCACAUGACUUUGGCAGCUCUGGGGGAGGGAUGGGAGGUCUGGGCUGUGCCUUCUCCCAUCAGAACUCAUUCAGCUCGCAGCUGAACCCCAAUCAGUACUUUCGCUCAGUUUCCUACAGGAUCGAGGAGAUCUCGCCCAGCACCUUGAAAAACAGCUUCUUCCCUUCGCCCAUCAGCUCUGUCUCUCCAGGUCUUCACAGCUUCACAGACAAUCACCAGCUCAUGAGGAGAAGGAAAUCUGUCUGA